AUGGCAAGAUUCAAGGCAGUCGUGUCCAAAGUAGAAGGAAUAAGUGACAAAGCCGCUCUUGAAGCCCUAAAGCGAUCCUUAUGGUACAAAUCCAAAUUUCAACGGAAAAUGGUGCUCAACACGCCACAGACCAUCGAGAAUGCCUUAUAUCGAUCAUCAGACUUCGUUAUAAACAAAGAAGAGAUGACAAUUCUGGACGAACAGUACGAAGCAACGAAAGCAGCAAUCCGGACAAAAAAGUUUUGUGAAUAUCACCAAACCCACGGGCAUUCAACAGUGCAGUGCCGAACUUUGGGAGCAAAGCUCGCAGCUAAAAUGGCAGCAGGAGAACUCCAGAGCGCGGUGAACCUCAAGGACCUCGCCCCCACCAAACCUAAGGAGGGGACCGAGCCGAAUAGCGCGACGGAAGAGACAAAUCCACCCCGACAAGGAGACAAUACCAAGCACGACAGGAGAGGCGAACCCGAAGAACGAUCUGAGCCGAGAGAUCAUGACGUAGUUAGAGUACUCAUCGACAACAGGAGCUCGGUGGAUGUUAUCUUCAGGGAAACACUCACAAGAAUGGAAAUUGACCUCUCUGAGGUGACGGCUACCCCUAAGCCUCUAACUGGAUUUUCGGGAGAAACAACGAUGACUAUGGGCAUGAUCAGGCUUCCCGUGGUAGCAAGAGGAGUCACCAAGAUCGUGGAAUUUUCAGUUGCUGACCACCCAGCGAUCUACAACGUGAUCAUGGGAACUUUGUGGAUUAAUGCCAUGAGAGCAAUCCCUUGA